UUGGAGAAACCCCUAACUAGCUUUCUACCAGAUGCCGCUCCCUUCUCUCUAGACAAGUGCCGCUUUAAUCUCUCAAAAAAUCCCUUUUUCUUUCUCUCUCUCCGCCGCAGACGGUGGUGGUGCCGCCUUAUUAUUUCAUAAAAAAUGAGUCAGAUUUUCUCAGCCAUUGAGUACUACCUGGUGAAGCAACCUUCCAUUGAGAACUUCACGUGGAUUCCCAACAAAACCCUAGCUUCAUCUCCUCAAUUUCUCGUCUUCACCGUCUUCUGUUACCUCUCUUUCACCUUCUUCCUCUCUCGUCUCUCUCUCCCUCCUGUUCCUCAGGUCAUCCUCAAACCCAUCACCGCCAUCCAUAGCACCGUCCUUCUCCUCCUCUCCUUCGUCAUGGCCCUCGGUUGCAUCCUGUCCACCAUAUCCCAUGCACCUCACUUCCAGUGGAUAAUCUGCUUCCCGCCGAACACCCCUCCCUCCGGCCCCGUUUUCUUCUGGGCCUACGUCUUCUACCUCUCGAAGAUUCUAGAAUUCAUCGACACUCUCCUGAUCAUCUUGUCAAACUCCAUCCAACGCCUCACGUUCCUCCACGUGUACCACCACUCCGCCGUCGUCGUCAUGUGCUACAUUUGGCUCCAGACGUCUCAGUCGCUGUUCCCGUUGGUGCUCGUGACCAACUCCUCCGUGCACGUGCUAAUGUACGCCUAUUACUUAUCGUGCGCACUUGGGGUUCGUCCCAAGUGGAAGAAGCUCGUGACAGAUUGCCAGAUCGUUCAGUUCUACUCCAGCUUCGUCGUUUUGAGCCUUAUGCUGUUCUACCACUAUUCCGGGUCGGGUUGCUCCGGAGUUUGGGGCUGGAGCUUCAAUGUCGUUUUCUAUGCCUCGCUUUUGUUUCUGUUUGUUGACUUCCAUAAGAAGAAUUACGGGUCGAACUCGAAGAAGAUGAUGAUGGCCUGUGACGAGGAUGACGACAAUUACAACGUUAAAACUUGGAAGCCUUUGAUUUAUAGUAUUCCCAAGUAGAAAUCAUCAUCACAAAAUUAAUUUUAAAAAAGAAAAGACUCAAUCUGUGGAGGAAAAAAAAGAAAGAAUAUAUUAUGAGAUAAACCAGUUUUUCUUAUUUCUUGAUGGUAAGUAUGAAAGGGACAGUGAUGAUGGGUAUUGGGUCAAGUUAAGUUUCAUGUUGUUUCUUAUAAUUCGUCUGUGAUCUGUCUUUUCUUUCCUUUUCCUUUUUCUUUUUUAUUUCCUCUUUUGUGGAAUAUUGUUAUUUGGCCAAUUUCAACUUAUAUAUUACAUGCAUGCAUUCACAUGGUGAAAGGAGUAGUUUGAAGAAACCAUAUAAUUUUGUUUUAAUUAAUUAAAUGUAGCUCUUUUGUGUGUUUUGCAUGGGAUGAUCUAUGAUAAGCUGAAUUGUUAAUUAAUUAUAAUUUGAAUUUUUAUGGA